AUGAUUCAGAUAUCCAUGGUCCGAAAGUAUUUCACCAUCGGAUUUUUCCAAACAAAUGAUGAGCACUUUGAAACAAUGCGAAAAAUGGCUGAACAUAUUUCAGUGAUAUUCAGAACACCGAUUGCAAGUUUUGAAAUAAAUCAACAGAGCGAUCAAUUGACCAUGUCAAUUGUGAAAUGGUUGAGUACAUUGCAGCCAUCAGUUGUGGAUCUUGAUAUCGAUACAACAGAUGAUAUAACUGCUCCCACUUUAUUAUUUAUUAUGGAUAAUAUCAAAGUGACUGACUACUUUAGUUGGGAAUUGAAAAUGAAUACCCCUGAUUUUGAAUACACAAAAGCAAUCGACAUUCCCACGCUGAUAUUAUCUCAUUCUCAGGGGGUAACACUGAAAUCUAUACUGAAUUCAAGCAGUCGAGUGAUCGUUUUGGGUGAAUCGAAUUUGACUUUUUGCGACAUUAAUAGCUUCUUAAAACACUGGCUGAAAGGAUUCAAUCCACAACUUGAGUAUAUUUCUAUUCGACGAUUAAUGGAAGGGAAGGCAAUUGAAGAUGAUAUUGAAGAAGCCUUCCAGAUAAUAACAAAGGAUCUCAAUGUUAAGGAGCAUGAGGAGGAUGGGAGGAGACCGAUGCAAGUAAGAAUGUAA